AUGCCGAAGGAGGGCUCCUGCCACGCAGCGCGGAGGUUCCGUGUGCUUUGGGGCGCCCUUGGCUCGGAAAGCUCUGAAGACUCGCCCCUCACAGAGCUACGGCGCGGGCCCGCUCGCGAAGGGGACAACGAACUGAGCUUCUUUGGUGGGUUUUCAAGGGGCCCACCUUUGGGGCAACGUGUGGCAGCAAGGGCUGCGAGAACCUUCCCAGACGUGUCUCCUUCCAGCAUCGACGUCUUUUUCAAGCCUUUGGACCUCGGAGUGCUACGGGCCGGGAACUCCUAUUUCUCCGUGGAGCAGCGGCAGUUGGAUCCUGUGGUUCAGUGCAGAGCGUAG